GGGCGGGGGUGAAGGGAAGCGCCAGCCCGGAGCGUCUGCGCUCGCUUCUAGUAGUUUCCAGGCGCUGCCGGCGGUCGGGACCUGAAGGUCCGGCGGUGGUGGCUGUGGCUGCGGCUGCUCCGAGCUGGUGGCGGCGUGAUAGGAGAGCCGAUGGCCAAGUGGGGUGAAGGCGACCCACGCUGGAUCGUGGAGGAGCGGGCAGACGCCACUAACGUCAACAACUGGCACUGGACAGAGAGGGAUGCUUCAAAUUGGUCAACAGAUAAGCUGAAGACCCUGUUCCUGGCAGUCCAGGUGCAGAACGAGGAAGGCAAGUGUGAGGUGACAGAAGUGAAUAAGCUCGAUGGAGAGGCAUCAAUUAACAAUCGCAAAGGCAAACUUAUCUUCUUCUAUGAGUGGAGUGUCAGACUCAACUGGACAGGUACCUCGAAGUCCGGAGUGCAGUACAAGGGGCAUGUGGAGAUUCCCAAUUUGUCGGACGAGAACAGUGUGGAUGAAGUAGAGAUUAGUGUGAGCCUUGCCAAAGAUGAGCCGGACACAAAUCUCGUGGCCUUAAUGAAGAACGAAGGGGUGAAACAUCUAAGAGAAGCAAUGGGGAUUUACAUCAGCACCCUCAAAACAGAGUUCACACAGGGCAUGAUCUUGCCCACGGUGAAUGGAGAGUCCGUCGACCCGGCUGGGCAGCCAGCACUGAAAACGGAGGAGCGCAAGGCGAAGUCCGCUGCUCCCGCCAAGUCCCAGUCCAGACCGGUCGGUGUGAAGAUCCCGACUUGUAAGAUCUCCCUGAAAGAAACCUUCCUGACGUCACCUGAGGAGCUCUACAGAGUGCUCACCACCCAGGAGCUGGUGCAGGCCUUUACUCACGCUCCUGCAAUGCUCGAAGCAGACAAAGGUGGGAAGUUUCACCUGGUAGACGGCAACGUCUCUGGGGAGUUCACCGAUCUGGUGCCCGAGAAACAUAUCGUGAUGAAGUGGAGGUUUAAGACAUGGCCAGAAGGGCACUUCGCCACCAUCACCUUGACUUUCACUGACAAGAACGGAGAGACGGAGCUGAGCAUGGAAGGCCGAGGCAUCCCUGCCCCGGAGGAAGAGCGGACGCGGCAGGGCUGGCAGCGGUAUUACUUCGAGGGCAUCAAACAGACCUUUGGCUACGGCGCGCGCUUGUUUUAGGGCCAGCGGCAGGGCACUGCCCCCUGCCCACGCAUCCGUCCAGCCCUUCUCCCGGCUAGGGCUUUGGGACUCAAAGGUUGUACCAUCCCAGCCAAUAAUUUGAGCCCCGGGCUCGUUCCCUCCACGUAUACCUUGGGUUUGUGCAUGUUUUCUGUGGGGUGGGAAGGAAAGGGUGAUUUCUCUUUUAUGUGUACAUACGCUAAAUAAAAGUAAUUUUUAAAAUGCA